UGUUGCAGGUGGCACUCCCGGAUUAAGGUCGAAACGGGACGUAACGAGCGCGACGGGUCGUACGAUGACCCCCGGAGCGAUAGCCCCGGCGACGGGAGCGACAGAUCCGACAACGAGGACGACGAACCCCUGUCCAGUAUAGCCAGCAAAAAAGCGGCAGACGUCUACAAGAACUUUUACGACGCGCUCGUAGAUUUCAGGAAUCACUUCGUCGGCGUACACUCGCACAGAACGAAACACCCCGAACUCGCGGCGUCGAGCGAUUCCGAGAUCGCGAGCGACGACGAAAAUAAAACCGACGACCGCAACGUAGACAACUACGACGACCUCACCGACUGCAACAUGAGGAAGGACAGAAUGGACGAGAAGACGCGGCUGGAGCUCAGCCGGGUGCGCACCAGGAUCGACGGGAAGGCGUACUACACGUGCCAGCUGUGCGGCAAGAACCUGAGCUCCUCGCACACGUACGUGUUCCACCAGCGCAUCCACACGGGCGAGCGGCCCUGCGUGUGCCACGUGUGCGGCAAGCAGUUCCGCGCGCCCGGCGGGCUCGCGCGCCACCUCACCGAGACCCACGAGCGCGCGCGCCGCCUCGCCUGCGCGCUGUGCCGCCGCAGCUUCGCCAACUCGCAGAACCUGAAGCAGCACCUGCGCGUCCACACCGGCGAGCGGCCCUACGCCUGCGCCGCGUGCGGCAAGCGGUUCGCGCAGAGCGGCUCGCUGCACGCGCACCGCAAGACGCACCUGCCGCACUUCCCGCACCGCUGCGCCGACUGCGGCGCCGAGUUCCGCCUGCGCGCCGGCCUGCGCCGCCACGCGCUGCGCCACGCCGGCGCCCGCCCGCACGCCUGCGCCCGCUGCCCGCGCGCCUUCCGCGAGCGACACGAGCUCGCCGCGCACACGGCCGCGCACGCCGGCGCGCGCCCGCACGCCUGCCCCUGCGGCGCCGCCUUCCGCACGCGCCGCGCGCUGCGCCUGCACGCGCGCCGCCUGCACCCGCCCGCCGAGCCGCCGCGCGACCUCGCUCCGCCGCCGGUCUACGCCCACGUGGCGAAUUAUUAG